AUGGCCGACAAAUCAGCUGUUGUUGUUCGUACCAAGAAGAUUAUGGUCAACCCAUUGCUUGCUCGUAAGCAAUUCGUUGUUGAAGUCCUCCACCCAAACAAGGACAGAAUCUCCAGAGCUGACAUCACCACCGCUGUUGCCAAGAUGCACACUGUUGCUGACGCCAAGACCAUCUUUGUCUACGGUCUCCAAACUAAAUUUGGUGGUGGUAAGUCAACUGGUUUCGGUUUGAUCUACGACUCUUUGGACCUCGCCAAGAGAUUCGAACCAAAGUACCGUUUGGCCAGAGCUGGUAUGCACACCAAGGCUGUCACCUCAAGAAAGCAAAGAAAGGAGAAGAAGAACAGACUCAAGAAGGGAAAGACCUCCAAGAAAUAA